UAAGACAGGUGUUACUUGUGGGCUUUUAAAACUCCGCUUGCUAAACUCAAGAUAUGUUUUCACCUUCGCAAAUGGCCCUUCUGUACAGGCUCCCUCUGCCUCUGCUCUGUCGCGCCAAAAUUUCAACCUCUUUCACUCCUGUCCUUGCUAAUCCUUCCCUAAUCCUCCAUCCUCCAGCAAUCCUCUCUGCAAAAUGCAUUUCUAGAAAACCUCCUGCAGCCACUGCCCCUCACCAGAAAUACGUUUACCCUGAUCCUAUCCCCGAAUUCGCAAAAUCUGAGACCCAGAAGUUUAGGGCUGAGCUUUUAAAGAAACUUGCGAAGGAUAAGGAAACAUUCCGCGAUGAUCUUGAUAAAGUCGUGGAUGUUUGCUCGGAGAUAUUUAGCGACUUCUUGCACGAGGAGUAUGGAGGACCUGGAACAUUAUUGGUGGAGCCAUUCACUGAUAUGUUAGUUGCUCUCAAGGAGAGAAAAUUACCCGGAGCACCUUUAGCAGCAAGAGAAUCCUUGUUAUGGGCUCAAAGCUUUGUUGAUCAGGACUGGGAAGUUUGGAAUUCCAACCCACAUAAUUGACUUCUUUUCAUUGUAUUUGUACUUUUAUCUGGAGCACUUGUUAUCUCUAAUUCCUGAUCAAUCAUAAGGUUGUGGAAUAUGGAGGCUGGAAAAUAUUAUUCGUCCAAACAAUGUUAGAUCCAUAACUAUUUUUGUCGCUAUACAGAUUUUUUAUUUCUUGAAAA